GUGGGUUUAUAAAGGCAGAGGCUGUUCUCAGCUACAGCUGAUCUGUUCCACUGUCAACCAGCAUCACCAGCCAACAUGCCUCACUACAGCCAGGCAAUACUGGGACUGUGCCUUUUGGUUUUGCUUUUUGCAGUGCAUCAGGGAUCCAGUGCACCAGCAAUGGCUUCUGAAGCCACAUCUAAUCUCCAGCAGUCAGAUACUGCACUGAUUCGCAAAACUCGUAUGUCACCUGUGUGGAGAAUCUUGGCGAGUAAACCACCUGGAGCUUACUGUCACGACCAUAUAGAGUGUUCUACAGGCCUCUGCAGGAAAGGCUUUUGCUCUUUCAACCAGCCCGUUCAUUCCUAAAGGAUCUGGAGCCUGUACACACUGAUGAGAUUAAAAGAAUUACCCUUCUGAUAGUCAUCAAUCUACACACCCACCAACAUGUUUAGAUGACAAUAGUCAGUGAUUGUACAGAAAACAAGAAGAAUACUGAUUUUCAAACAUCCAUUCUUUCUAACUGGAAUUACAUUACAAAGACAACAGAUUCAACAAUUUAAUAUGAAUUGUAUUAAUUAUUGUUUUGUAAAUUAUGAAAUGUAUUUAUUUUAAACAAAAUAUUAAAUUGUUUAUCAAUGCAUACCUCUAACACAUAGUUUCCACAAAAAGAACAUUUUUGCAUUUGUGCUGUAAACAGACUGUGACCAGAAUGUAGCGUAAUUUAACCCCUGACACUGCAAGGGCCUCUAUGUGGACCCCCGCUAUCAUAACUACACAGUUUAUAUAUUAGUUUCAUAGUAGUUACUAAAUAAUUCAUACACUAUAGA